GUUCUCCUCCCCUGAGUCCACACGGUUCCAUAUAAAGCACCCCGGUUUUGCUCCUGCCCCCUCUCUCAGGAUUCGAAACCAGCCGAGAUUUCUCUCGCCGCGUAAGCCAAACCCUAGGCGUCCCACCCUCGACCUCCUUCCCUCCAGCCGCCGGCGCGGGCUCUCGCGAAGGAAGGUGAAGGUAGAGGUGGGAACACAACCAAGAUGGCAGACGGUCAUGAAACUGACAAGAACAUUGAGAUCUGGAAGGUCAAGAAGCUGAUUAAAGCACUUGAUGCUGCCCGUGGAAAUGGGACAAGCAUGAUUUCAUUGAUCAUGCCUCCUCGUGAUCAGGUGUCUCGAGUCACCAAGAUGUUGGGUGAUGAAUAUGGAACUGCUUCUAACAUCAAGAGCAGGGUCAAUAGGCAAUCUGUCCUGGCUGCUAUUACCUCUGCCCAACAGAGGCUGAAGCUGUACAAUCGAGUACCACCCAAUGGAUUGGUACUUUACACAGGAACCAUUGUCACUGAUGAGGGCAAAGAAAAGAAAGUCACCUUUGACUUUGAGCCAUUCCGACCAAUUAAUGCUUCCCUGUAUCUCUGUGACAACAAGUUCCACACUGAAGCACUGAAUGAGCUGCUUGAAUCUGAUGAUAAGUUUGGCUUCAUCGUCAUGGAUGGUAACGGGACACUUUUUGGAACGCUGAGUGGCAACACAAGAGAGGUUCUUCACAAGUUCUCUGUUGAUCUCCCAAAGAAGCACGGGCGAGGAGGGCAGUCAGCACUUCGCUUUGCCCGCCUGCGCAUGGAGAAACGUCAUAACUAUGUGCGCAAAACAGCUGAGCUAGCAACACAGUUCUUCAUCAAUCCUGCCACUAGCCAGCCAAAUGUUUCUGGACUCAUUCUUGCUGGUUCUGCUGACUUCAAGACUGAGUUGGGUCAAUCUGACAUGUUUGAUCAGCGUUUGGCAGCUAAGAUACUCAAGGUGGUUGAUGUCUCUUAUGGUGGAGAAAAUGGUUUCAACCAGGCAAUUGAGAUAUCUGCUGAAGUCCUUUCAAAUGUCAAGUUCAUCCAAGAAAAGAAGUUGAUUGGGAAAUACUUUGAGGAGAUAAGCCAAGACACUGGGAAGUAUGUUUUUGGUGUGGAUGACACCAUGGCAGCACUUGAAAUGGGUGCAGUUGAGACACUGAUUGUGUGGGAAAAUCUUGAUAUCAAUCGGUAUAUUUUGAAGAAUUCUGCAACCGGAGAAACUAUGGUAAAGCACUUCAACAAGGCACAGGAGGCAGAUCAGAGUAACUUCAAGGAUAAGGCGACAUCUGCAGAGUUGGAAGUAGUGGAGAAGGCCUUGUUACUGGAGUGGUUUGCUGAAAAUUAUUGGCAAUUUGGUUGCAUGCUGGAAUUUAUCACAAACAAGUCACAGGAAGGAUCUCAGUUCUGCAGGGGCUUUGGUGGCAUAGGAGGGAUCCUUCGCUACCAGGUUGAGGUGAAUGCGUACGAAGACCUGUCUGAUGAGGAGAAUGACGACGACUUUGAAUAGCAAUCAAUUGAAACUCCAGUGAAUCCGGUCCAGGAGGAGCCUGUGCUGGCCCGGAACCGGGACGCUCCGCGACAGGAGGCCGAGACAUCCGCAAGCUCGUCGAGGAAAACUAAAGGUGCAUGACUAGAAGACUCAAGAAACGGUGAUCACCAUGAUGAUGAUGUGAUGGAAGCAUGGAUAAGGGAAGUCUUCUCAGCGUAAGGAGGAGGAAGUUUGCAUCUGGUCUAUCAGAAGUCAGAAGACUAUCGUAUUUAUUUAGUACCGUCGCUAUUGAUAACAAUAGCUGUAAGCUAUUAAGCGUCUCUUGAGUGAGUCUUGAACUAGUCCGUUUUGAGUCUGUAAGUUAGUGUCGCUGCAGCUGCAGCUCUACUUUAUAUUUCUGAACCUAAGUUGUGAUCAUGCUACGGCUACAUUUGGGUGUGACGCAACUCUGUCAGUGCGGUCACUAUACUUGGACCUACUUGGACCAAAUCUAUUGUGUUUUCUCUACAUGUGUCGUUGAUCAUAUUCGUGCCCAUCUGGCCUUUUAUUUGCUUU